AUGAAUGAAAGAAGCCCACAAACUAUUGGUUCAAUUAUUGAAUAUAUGUGUAUGGUAGCAUAUCGAAAAUUUAUUACAAGGGCUAGGGGUGAAACAAUUCGGAAACGAUUACUCAAUAAAAAGUUUCUUUUCGAUGUGUCAGACAAAGAGAAUAUGCAAAGGUUAGAAGGUGGUUUUUUGGGAGAUGUAGAGGCAUGUGAACUGAAAGGAUUCGUUCAGGAUCUCCGUAAACGUGGAAUUGCACAUGAUGGGCCUGAUGGUAUACAUAUACCUGCCUUGGAAACCAUGGGUGAGCCAACAGAAGAGGAUGAUGCCGCUAGUAGUAGUAGCGAUGCGCCUAUUAGUGAAGCCGAUGCGAUUUUCAAUGAUGCAGCUGCACGCGCAGCUUUUGCUAGAAAAAUCGGUUCCUCCAAUAAGGUUCAGCGAACGUCACCCAGCAAACUUCGAGCGUAUUUUGAAGUUGCCAAUGCCGCACUCACUGAAGUCCCAAUUCCAAAUGAGAAAGAAGACAUCUGCAUCCCACCGGAAGGAGUAACUGUUAAAAAAUCAGUAGACGAAGACAGAACCAAUGAUGAGAAUCAGCAAACCGUUGGAAAUGAUUCACCUUCUAAGCGUACACGAUACUGUUGA